AUGCAUGUGUGUAUAGAAUGUGGAAGCAGGGCAAAGCAGCUGUUCCUCAAGAAUUCCUCAGCUAAACAGAUUUCUAAAUGUCUUGUGUGCUGCAAAAAGAUGGAUAGGUACUUUGAACUGAAUGGCAUGAUGAAGCUCAUAGACCUUCUCUUGCUCAAAAGGCGAAUCUUCAGACAUUAUCUCUUUAACAACAAAAAGGACUUCACAAGAAGCGUUUUACUUAUGUUGACUGUUAAGAUCCUCACUGCACCAAUACUUCAGCAUCAUAAAACUCUUAGGCUUUUUUUUUCUGGGGAAGGCCUAGACAAUGUUUCCAUUGCAGCAAUACCCAUCAUCUGCAGAGAUGUGAUAGAGAGCCUUAUGGAGACACUUUUGUUCUUAGUCUUAGUAUAUGCCGUGUUUCACAGGUGCAUUGGAUUCAUAAAGCUAUCCAGUGCACUUCUACUCUCAAGCUUCUACUACCUGUUUAUAUUCAUCAUGAUAGUAUGGAAGUACCAGUGGGAGGAGUACCUCCUAGUCAUAGAGUUUCUUUGUGUGGCAUCGAAUUCGAUUGUAGUUUCGGAGAUAUGCCAGGUAAGGAACGAAACAGCAGUUGGUUACUUAUAUGGAUGUAAAAUUGCCACAGGCUUGCUAUGCAAAGGAAUUCUGAGGUCUAUUGGAUUAUAA